AUGGAUCCAUCAAAGGUCAAAAUCCCUCCAUUGAUGGACUUGACCAUCGACAACAUCACCGAGAACGUCAUCCGAAUCAACUCCAACAACCCAGAUGCGCGCAUGCAGUAUGUCCUCGAACGGCUCGUGGUGCAUCUACACGAUUUUGCGCGCGAGACGAGACUGAGCACCGACGAGUGGAUGGCGGGGAUUCAGUUCUUGACCGCGACAGGUCAAAUUUGUUCCGAUGUCAGACAGGAAUUCAUCCUUCUUUCCGACAUCUUUGGUCUUUCCCUGCUGGUCGACUCAAUCGACCACCCCAAACCGGCUCACUCGACGGAGGGGACGGUGCUGGGACCCUUCCACACGCACGAGGCCGAGCACAUGAACAACGGCGACCUGAUGUCGCACGACGCCAACGGCGAACCGCUCCUGGUGCUGUGCACCAUCAAGGACGUCGACGGCAAGCCGAUCGAGGGCGUCAAGAUCGACAUCUGGGAGACGGACUCGUCGGGCCACUACGAUGUGCAGCACGCCGACAGGACCGGCCCCGACGGCCGCUGCGUCAUGACCAGCGACGCCGACGGCGUGUUUUGGUUCAACGCCAUCGUCCCCGUGCCGUACCCGAUCCCCCACGACGGGCCCGUCGGUCAGCUCUUGAUCAAGCUGGGGAGACACCCUAUGAGACCGGCCCACAUGCAUUUCAUGUUUGAGAAGGAAGGAUAUGAUCAUUUGAUUACUGCCCUGUACCUCAGAAACGACCCGUACGAAAACUCAGACGCCGUGUUCGGCGUCAAGACCCCGCUCAUCGUCGACCUGGGCAAAGUCGACAAGGCGACGGCGGAAAAGUACGGCGUCAAGGAAGGGACCGCCCUGAUGACCUACGACUUCGUCUUGGUCUCGGACAAGGAGAGUGCAGAGCUGAGGGCCGAGAAUUCGAGGAGGGCCCUGGAGAAGUUGGGCAGACGCGUCAAGAUCGUACAAGGCUUACCUGUGCCCGAGGUCGAUUGA